GUACCCAGAGCAAAAGACUCAACUCAAGAUCAAUACGCGCGACCGACUGUCAAUGCCUCUCCAACCAACGCUACGGAUAAAGUUGUCUGUUGUCUCUGUCCAAGGAACAAGAAAUACUAUAAUCUUCCUGGUAUCAUACCUACCCAAAGAUGCAAAAAGCUCGCCGCAGGUGGGACUCGGUUCUUAGUGCAACUUCUUCGUGGCCAAAAUCCCUGUCUGAGCGCCAAAAGCACGCAAGCCGCCCGGCUCUCUUUCAGCGAUGGAUGGGCCCGAGGUUCGUUGAUGACGGUGGCGGCUUCCGAGACUAGCUGCGGCGCACCGCUGUGAGGGUUGAGACUCCAAACCUGUUCAGGUCUUGGUCCGGCUUGGUGUAUUACUUGAAGAGGAGUCUCCGAAAGAUAUUUUCAUCGGGGUCGUGAUGCCAGCUGGGUCCAAGGUUGGUCGAUCAUGGUUAUCAACGAAUCCACAAUUCUUGUGUUUCUAUCACAGAAACUACAGCAUACUCAAUGUGUUUAGUGUCAGCUGGGCAUGUCAGCUCUGUGUUUUCUGCCGUGCUUUUCCACCAUGGCCAUGGUGCAUCUGGGUUUGUUCCAUCCACACUCUGGAAUAAGUCGAUAGUAGCCUGUUCGACGUACUGAAUUGACUUGGAGCCGAGUGCGACAACAAUAAUACAUACCACCGCCACCCAAGAAGGAGAUCUUUCGCUUUAACCGCAAUUGGCUGAAGCGCUGAGCACGUCAAUUGGCCGGAUGUACCUUACCUCACCUUUCCUCACCUCACCUCGCAACACUUCUGUCUCAUUCUCAUCAGUCCACUCCCUUUACCACAACGCCGGAUAAAGACUAUCAGCCACAUCUCAAUCCACAUAGAACACGUCCAGCCUGAUAAACAAACAAAAAAAUAGGACCAGCCCAAGACAGGUACCAGAACGAGGACAACCGCACAUCCGCAAGAUGCUCUUUAUCGGUCUAACAGGCUCCAUCGCAACGGGCAAGUCCACCGUUUCGUCCGUGCUCUCCAGUCCCCCCUACUCCAUCCCCCUCGUCGACGCCGAUCUCCUCGCGAGGAAAGUCGUCGAGCCGGGGACAAAUGGCUAUGCCGCCAUCGUGAAGCACUUUCUCCCCACCACCCCGGAACUCCUCGUCCCGGCCUCUGACACCAUGCCCGAGGCCGGGCCCGACGGGAAGGGACGACCCCUCAACCGGCCCGCCCUCGGCAGGCGCGUCUUCGGCGACACGGAAGAGCUCAAGCGCGACCGCUCCGUCCUUAACGGCAUUGUCCACCCGGCCGUUCGUGCCGAAAUGUACAAGGCCAUCUUCCGCGCCUACAUCACCGGUCAUUGGGCCGUCCUACUUGACGUCCCCCUGCUGUUCGAGAGCGGGCUUGAUCGCCUCUGCGGCACCGUGUUCGUCGUCGCCGUCAAGGACCCAGAGGUGCAGAUGCAGCGUCUCAUGGCACGCGACCCUCACCUCAGCCGCGAGGAUGCCGAAAACCGCGUGCUGAGCCAAACGGAUGUGAGGCUCAAGGCGAGGAGGUGCGAGGCCCGAGGCCCUGGCAAGGGCGUCGUGCUCUGGAACGACGGCUCCAAGGAGGACCUGAGAAAGGACAUACGCGAGGCCAUCCGCCAAGUUCAGGCAUCGAGUCCCGUUUGGUGGAGUUGGCUGCUCCUGGCAUGUCCUCCGGCAGCCGCCGCCCUGGGGGCGUGGCAGUUCUGGCAGAAUAUUCGCAUCAACAAGGCCUGGGCGGAACAGGAGAGGAUCGAGAAGGCCAAGCUGUAGGCCUGUUUAUGUUGGAUCUCAUUCCCGGGGCACAGAUGCCAUCCGCCUUUUAACUUU